GAAUUCGGUCCGGAGUUUCCGCGUCAUGGACACCAGCGACCUCUUUGCCAGCUGCAAGAAGGGGGAUGUGGGCCGCGUGCGGUACCUGCUGGAACAGCGCGAUGUGGAGGUGAAUGUUCGAGACAAGUGGGACAGCACGCCCUUAUACUAUGCCUGCCUGUGUGGGCAUGAAGAGUUGGUACUCUACCUUUUGGCCAAUGGAGCCCGCUGUGAGGCCAACACCUUCGAUGGAGAGCGCUGCCUCUAUGGAGCGCUGAGUGAUGCUAUUCGGCGGGCACUGCGAGACUACAAGCAGGUCACUGCCUCCUGCAGGAGGCGGGACUACUAUGACGACUUCCUGCAGCGACUCGUCGAGCAGGGCACCCACAGUGAUGUGGUAUUUGUGGUGCAUGGGAAGCCAUUCAGGGCACAUCGCUGUGUCCUGGGGGCACGCAGCGCCUACUUCGCCAACCUGCUAGACACCAAAUGGAAGGGCAAAAACGUCGUGGUCCUCAGGCACCCACUGAUCAACCCAGUGGCCUUUGGGGCUCUGCUGCAGUAUCUGUACACAGGUCGCCUAGAUGUCGGCGUGGAACAUGUCGGUGACUGCGAGCGACUGGCCAAACAGUGUCAGCUCUGGGACCUGCUCAGCGACCUUGAAGCCAAGUGUGAAAAGGUGUUUGAGUUUGUGGCCUCGAAACCCGGCACGUGUGUAAAGGUCCUGACCAUUGAGCCACCUCCAGCGGACUCUCGCCUGCAGGAGGACCUGGCGCUGCUCGCCGGCUGUGCCCUGCCCCCUGAGCUCCGCGGCGAUCUUGGGGAGCUGCCCUUUCCCUACCCCGAUGACUUCAACAGCUGCCCUGACAUCUGUUUCCGAGUGGCCGGUUGCAGUUUCCUUUGCCACAAGGCCUUCUUCUGCGGCCGCAGCGACUACUUCCGAGCCUUGCUGGAUGACCACUUCCGAGAGCAGGAGGAGCCAGAGACCUCGGGGAGCCUCCCAGUGAUCACUCUGCACGACAUCUCCCCUGACAUCUUCACCCACGUGCUUUACUAUGUGUACAGCGACCACACUGAGCUGCCCCCUGAGGCGGCCUAUGACGUGCUCUGUGUGGCUGACAUGUACCUGUUGCCAGGCCUCAAGCGGCUGUGUGGCCGCAGCCUGGCCCAGCUGCUGGACGAGGACAGUGUGGUGAGUGUGUGGCGAGUGGCCAAGCUGUUCCACCUGGCCCGGCUUGAGGAGCAGUGCACCGAGUACAUGGCCAAGGUCAUCGAGAAGCUGGUGGAGCGAGAGGACUUCAUGCAGGUGGUGAAGGAGGAGGCGGCAGCUGUGGCCGCCCGGCAGGAGACGGACUCCAUCCCGCUGGUGGAUGACAUCCGCUUUCACGUGGCCAGCACGGUACAGACGUACAGCGCCAUUGAGGAGGCGCGGCAGCGGCUGCGGGCACUGGAAGACCUGCUCCUGGCCAUGGGCCUAGACUGCUAAACCUGCCUGGCACUGGGGCCCGUGCGGCCGCAGCUAGCACUUCUGCAUCUGGGGAGGCUCACCUAGGGACAGGCCCUCUGCCCCGAAGCAUGAACGCGCCUCCACGCCUGGUGCUGGGCACCACUCAGGGAAACCCAGGGCCACUCAUCCCCUGCUGCUUCCACAGCCUUGGGCGGGGCUGGCUUCCCCGCUUGCUUCUUGGACCUGGCAUCCCACCUGUGCUGAGCCAACCAGGCAGGUGCAGGAGAGCCUGUGUGUGGCAAUAAAGCUUUCAUUUCA